AUGAUGCGGAUGCCCGUUGCUCCCGUCGCCGCCUCCAACGCCGUCGCAGUCUCCGUAGCAGCGGAUAGCCGGCCGGCUGCUGCUGUCGCUGUCACGGCAUCAGUUCCUGCAUCUGCAUCUGCAUCUGCAUCUGCUCCUGCUUCUGCUUCUGCUACUUCGGCCCUCAACGACGCCGCCUCCGACGGAUCCGAACCUUAUUUGUCUUACUCAUCAUCAUCAUCAUCGUCAUCCUCCUCAUCAUCGUCGUCGUCGUCGUCGUCCGCGACAAGAACCAACCCAAACAGCACCGACAGUACCAAUGUCAACGCCAACAACGCCAUCAUCAACGCCAGCAUCGAACCGCGUCUUUCUACUCACCGCCGCCUGGCCCCGGCCCCGCCGCCACCUCCGCCGCCGCCCGCCGCCAACACUCGCCUUCCCGACGCCAUCAGGUUCCCACCAUCACCCUCACCGACGCCGUCGCAUCCAAACCUCACCACCACCACCACCAGCAAUUUCAGCAACACAAGUCACACUGCUUCCGAAAGAACAUCAUGCCGUCCUCCCGCCCCCAAGCCCGGCCAGUGCCCCGUCAUGGCACUGCAGAAUGUGCUGUGCGAUGACGACGUGGUUGCAGCUGCAGAUGCCGCACGCCGGACCGCCUCCCGUCCAACUCAGCCGCCCACGCCGCCCAUGAUGCACGAUGUGUCCGUUUCCAGGCUGCCGAUGCCGCAUUCGUUACCGGAUCCGUCAUCUUCGUCGACGUCGUUAAAGCUGAAUCCCAUUCUGUCCGCAUCCGGCACCCCCGACCCGAUGCUCGUGACGCGUCCGAACCCGUCUCAUGUCGUCAUGACCGCCCGUCCCCAACUGCAGCCCCCACGCGUCCAGCAAUCGGAUCCCGGCUGCAAGACCUGCCAGGUCCGCAAAAUGCCGUGUGACGAGGGCCGUCCGACCUGUCAGAACUGUGCGCGCAUGGGCAUUCACUGCUUAGGCUACUUCAACCCGCCACCGAGUCAUGCCCACGUUCAGAUGAUACAGACGCCGGAGCGGUCCGUCCCGGCGCCAUCUGCAAGCUCAAGUACCACCGCGACCAACGGCGUAAACGCCAAUGCCAGCCGUCAGGAGCAGGAAGAGUACCUCUACUUCCUUCUCGACCACUACCGACAUACCAAGCGUCACUGCAUGUGGGACUUGAUCACGCUGGAUUUCAACGAGCAUUUCCACAGCAGGAUGCGCAAAGAAGCGCUGCAGAUGAUCAAGCGAAGGAGAUUCAAGGACAGGGAAACCUUCGCCCAACGAACCCCCGAGCGCGGCCUUGCAGCUUCCCCCCCGGCCAAGGCAAAAGAAACGAGGCCGGCGUCCGAAGUUCAGUCCGACAACCCUCCCAUCCAACGCGGCUCCAGCCUUCUCCAGCUUUCUGCUCAAGUUUGGUAUAAUCUGCUCUUCCACAAUACCGAGAUUUGUCAAGUUCUAGCCGAAUCCAAGAGCGUUCUUGUCGCCGCACCUCAAUACAGCCCCAGUGAUUCAGCAAAGUCUUCCACUGCCGUCACAGAGAAGAUGUCCGGUACCCGGUGCAACUGUCCAAGCUACGAAGUUCCUGACGCGGGGGGCAACAUGAUCGUCAUCCAGCGACACGGAGAUGCCUGUCCCAACAGUGGCAAGACCCCUGCUCCUCGUGUCUACAAGCCUGCCAAGCAGAGGGGUGGCCGUUAA